AUGUUUUCCUCUAGACUUAGGAUGCCAGGCCAUUAUCAAGAACAUGUGGACAGGGUAAAUGGUAUCAUAAAUGAUCUAAGAUUGGUCAAAUGUGCAGAUAAUAUCGUUGGAAGUUUAACCAAGAAAGGACUAUCUGGAGGCGAAAGGAAAAGAGUUUGUAUUGGGAUGGAACUUAUCUUAUCUUAUCUUAUCUUAUACUAUUUAUAAUGUUUUAACGUCCACUACGGGGUCAACCUUCCCAGGUCUACCUCUCACCUUCGUCGCAUCGGGGCCUACAAGUCGCUAGGCCGACCUACUUUGAUCACCAGGGUGCUUCUAGGACAAGUGCUGCCGGCUUCUACGGCUCAUGAAUGAGCUACUUGCUCAUACAUGGGCUGCUUUUCCCGAAAACCCAAAAAUGGGAUUUUCUGGUCGGCUAUCGGCAAAAAGGAAAAGCACAUAGUCUUGGAUGUAACGCCCAGUUUCACGCUAGAGAGUUGCCCGAAUGGUCCAAAGGACUCUGCUGAGCUUCCCCCUUUCCAACUUCCCGCCCCCCUUCCCAACGAGGAAAAAUCCAUCUCGAGACCAGACUUGGGCUAGGCUCUGUACACAACCAGAAUUGCUUGCCUAGUGUUGCUGUCCAUCUCUAGCAUGGUAAAACCUUGCCGGAUAUAAUUAAAAUAUGAGUCGAGGCUGCAUGGCCGGGAGGCCAUGCCCAGACGAAGACGCCAUAUUUUAAUUAUGCGAUGGAACUUAUCACUGAUCCAAUUGUCCUUAUGCUUGAUGAGCCUACUUCAGGUCUUGACAGUUUUACAGCAGAAGUCGUUAUUGACUUAUUGAUAGAGCAAGCCAGGAAAGGUAGAACUGUAAUGUCAACUAUCCACCAACCAAGUACAAGUAUGUUCGAUAAGUUUGACAAAUUAAUUUUAUUAGCAGAAGGCCAUCUUGUAUAUCAGGGCCGCGCUUCAGAGUCCACCAAAUAUUUUGCAAAACUUGGAUACGAGUGUCCAAAGCUUAUGAACCCAGCUGACUAUUAUAUGAGACUUCUUCAUGUUGUAGAUAGGAAGCAUCCUACUGAAGAAGAGCAUGAAAAAAUAGAAAAUGUAGUAUCAGCUUAUAAUUCAAUAGAGCAGGAUGAAGGAGAUUAUGAUAAGUCAAAGCUUGAGCCUUUACAAACCAAGAAAUUAACAGCUCCUACAAAUUUUGCAGAGCAGUUUAUUAUACUGCUGAAAAGAGCUUGAACAAAUGCAAGAAGAGACCCUCUUGCUGGUAGGUUUUUGUUUAUCGAGUACAUUAUGAUAGCUGUUUUACUCGAUUUGGUUUGUAAUAACUUAGCCAAAAACUAUGAUUCUUCAACAACCAGAACUCAGCUCCUAUUUAUGUCAACAGCCGUAGUAUCCUUACAUUCAUGUCAAACUGCAGCUAUGCAAUUUCCUAGUGAGACUCCUUUAUUCCUAAAAGAAAGUAAGCAAAGGAUUUAUCACACCAUUUCUUACUAUAUUGCCAAAUCUAUUGCAGACAUUCCUAUGCAUCUUCUCCCGUUGAUGGUGUAUUGCCUUCUUAUAUAUUGGGCAAUUCCUUUCAAUGAUUAUGAUGCUAGCAAAUUCUUCAUUUUUUACUUUAUUCUGGUUAUUCUCCAAAUAAGCCAGAUAGGAGUUGGGUAUAUUUUAGGCUGUAUGGUCAAAACAGAUACUGUUGCUUUGGCUAUUGUCCCAAUAUUUUUUCAGCCUAUGAUGUUGUGGUCUGGUUUAUUUCCUCAUGUAGACGAAUUUCCUCAAGGAUUUUCUUGGGUACAAUACUUUUCUGUAAGAAUUAUUUAG